CAUGGAAAGUUUCGCCGCCAUUUGUUCUAUUUGACUCAGCACAAUUGAAGGCUAAACUAUGUAAGGAAAAACAAAUUACCAGGGAGGGGAAUCGAAUGUUCUUCGAGGUGACGAAAUUGGCUAUCCUUGGCUUGCCCGCUGCGCGACGAUUGCGUUUGUGGGCCGGCGAACUCUCUCUUCUCUUCAUUUUGGGCCAGUCCUUUGCCUCAGCAAGUCGACUCUGGCCGACGGGCGCUCUUCGGGCUUCCUUUCUUCCUUAAGCAUGGUCCUUUCUUGAGAUAGGUUUGCCUCAGAAAAAAACCCCUUCCUAUCUCCUCCACCCUAGCGGUAACCUCGUUUUCCUACCCCCCUUGUGUUCUACAACUUUCUCUCAAGCGGCCUUGCCCUUGGGUCAUCCCCCGCCUUUCCGUCAUGCGGCGACAGUCCUGGCUCGAGCAGCCCAUCAACUUCGAUGCCCUGGCAGACGACAGUUUGCCCGUGUUCCAUUGCCACACCCUGGCACCCCAGCUCCUGGAUCAGGCCCAGGAGAACAACAAUGACGUCACAGAGCUGGUGCAAACAUCUCGUCAACAGUCGGGCGCAGAAGUAGACAACUUCCCCAAUCCCGACACGCCAUACUCGGAUAUCUCUGGAUACCCAGAAACGCCCUUCUUUGAGCACAAUCCACCUGAAGAAUUGGAAAUUCCCGUUUUACAGCGCGAGUUUCAAAAUGUCAAAGCUGAUAAUGCUGAUUGUGAUGAGUGUCAUUACAACCCCAGCAGUGUGUCUAGUUUCACACACGGCAGGAUCGAUAAUUUUGCUGACGAAUUCUCCAACGGCAUGCACAGAAUCGAGAGCGUGGCAAGCACGUCCCUUUCAGAGGAGUCAAUGUUCCAGGACUCAUUCAGCGCAUACCUACCCAACAUGUCUCUUGACAAUAUGCAAGCUACCACUCCAGAGCCCGGAGAAGGUUGUAGAAUUGGGCGCUCUGUCCGUAAACAUGGAAACCAAGGUGAUUUGGGUGGUCAUGAUGAUGGUGAUGAUGAUGACGAUGAAGAUGAGCACAGUUAUCGGUAUGGUUCCGAGUCAUGUUCAAGCCUACCACACGCUGAGGCCUACACCAGCAUGCAGCAGAUGAAUGACAUGCAGCCACACAACUUCCUGCUUGAAGAAGAGGAUGGGUCCUUCACGUCCUCUUUUUCUGGAGCUGCUGGGAUGCAAACUCCUAGUCGUAACAUUAACGAAGAUGUCCCCACACAAGACCUGAUCAGACAAAUCGGAACGUUGAUGGGACUGCUCCGAAAAAGAAAAGCUAAACAGGGAAGCGAACAAAAUAACAUAAAUACUCCUUCAACGUCUGGGGAAGCGAGGCAGAAGCGUGCUAGAUCUACAGGGCCGAAAGAAGGGCUUCCGAAUAGGGUGGACAAACGGAGUGCUUCGACUAGUGGCAAUGCUAUGAAAGCCCAACCUUUUCCUACCACUGCUACUGCUACAGUAACCAGACAGACGCCAAUGUCGAUGCUGCAACAGGUCGAUGCUGAGCCUCAAAGACAAAGCUUGUCCCAAAUGAGUUUGAUCAACAACCCUACCUUCUUUGAGUUGCCUUUUAUCUUACCACAAAUGAAACGAGAAGCAACAAUUGCUGAUUCUCAAACACGCCCUGAUUUCGCGACCCCAGCCCCGAGUACCAGCGGACGAACCCGCCACUCAAGUCUCCCUGAAGCCGGACCUUCCGGAACUCACCUCACUGCCUUGGCCUUGGACCCUACGAGUCCAUUCCUUCAACUGCCACCGACCUCAUUGCUUCUUGAACCAGACCCUGUCCCGGUCCUUGACACUGGGACUUUCGGUACCCAGGUGGAUUCCAAUGGAAAUUUCCUGUGCCUGAGCCCCCAUGACACCACAGGGCCAAACCCUCGCUCAACAGAAGGGGAGUUCCCGCAAAUCCUCGGAGGAAUGGGAGGGGAAUUCCCCAUGGCGCCACAGGAAAGCCCUCAGCAGCUUUUCACAACACGCACCGAUGACUUCCAUAUAGCGCCAGACUCCAGUGCUAACUUAGAUAUUAAUGACAUAUCUGUUCUCGAAGAUGUCUUUGGCUGCCACUUUACAGCAGCCGAGACCCCUUCUGUCCUCAACAACACUGCCCAGACCAGCCGUUGGGCCAGCAGAGCUGUACCUGACAGCAGCGGUCAUCUUUUCACCACCACCAACAACUCAUCUUCACCUUUACCUUCCCCAUCGCUGGAAACCCAAGCGUACAAUAGUUUGGGCCAAAUGGCGAGUUAUGCAGCAAAUCCCAGUUUCGACUUUGAUACCCCUUCGCCUCACCCGCCUCUACCGCAGAACGGGGACGCAGACAGUUUUAUCUCUGGAUUACUCAUCAACGCGUGGAGUACGACAGACGGUGAGAAGGACCUUCUGUUCAGCCGAGAGAAUGGUGGGAUCUCAACGCCUCACAACCUCCUCCCAUCACAGCCCUGCACGUCUGGGGAAACCAGGAGAAGUCACGGCCACCUUGUUCCUCAGAUGGACGACAAAGAUGUGGUCCUCUUACAAGAUCUGCAACUAGAUCAGCUCCUUGAGCAACCGCCACAGAAGCAGAAACAACAACAACAACAACAACAACAACAACAACAACAACAACAACAACAACAGCAGCAACAACAACAACAGCAGCUGCAGUUGCCGGAAGAAGAACACCAUCAUCAUCAGCUGCAGCAACAACAACAGCAACAACAGCAGCAGCAUCAGCAGCAGCAUCAGGAGAGGCAGUAUAACCUAGAUCAUCUGAGCCUCAACCAGCAGCAAUACCAACACAAUUUCGACGACAGCUUCACUGACACGUUUCAAAGCUAUGCACAACUGGGCUCGUUCAUGAAUCAUGAGCCGACUGACCGGCAAAACACUCACUGCGUGAUCCCUGAACACAUGCCAGAGUCAAAAGCAACGCCCCAGCUGACCCCAUACAGCAGCACCAGCACCAGCACAAACAGCAUCAGCACCAGCAACAGUAGCAUCAGCACCAGCAACAGUGUCACAAGCAGCAACGAACAUGACGGGCUCUCUCGCUCCGAGCCGAGCACAUCUUCAGCUACUUCUGAAGAAGGAAAGUUCUUCGAAUUCAGUGAACAAACUCGCUCUGUCGAGCAGCAGGAGCCGAUACCGUCGACUUCGGGCACCCAGGACGACAAGAAGCAGAGCUCCGGCAAGAAGAGGGGUAAGGGGAGGAGGUCAUCGACCCCGAUUGACCCUGGCCUUCUGCAGGCCGCCGUGGAGUCCAUGGAGACUCGCUCAGUGACCCCUCUGGUCAAGCAGGAGCUGAAGCUGACCAUACUGACCAGACGCCACGCCGAGGGAAAGGGAGACAUCCAGGUGUCCUUCUCUCCGCCCACACCGACAGAGCUAACUGAGGAGGAGAAACAGAAGAGGCAGCACAAGAAGAAUCUAAACCGCAUCGCCGCUGCCAGCUUUCGGGAGAGGAAGAAGACCAAAAAUCAAAUCCUCCAGCGGGAACAAGACGAUCUACAGCGCAGACAAGAAGAACUGCAAGAAACUGUGCGAGAGCAAAUUGCAGAGAAAAAAGUGUGGUUAGAACGUCUCUCUUCUAUUGGGAUUUCGACUCCAGGUCUUUCGGAUAUUCUUUCCAAGCUUGUCUCCUCAGGAUAAAGAACUCUGUACACACCCCUAAAACAGCAGCAAAUACAACAGCACCUAAAAUAUUCUUACCAACAAACCAAACAAACAAACUAACAAACAAACUGCUUCACAAAGGACUGUAAAUUGUAAAGUGUGGUGUCUAUACAGUAUAAAGAGACCUUUCCAUUACAUACGAUACAGUUUCCUUAUUAUGGAAGAAAUAAGCGGGUGCUGCUAGCAUUUCAUUUUUAGAGCGUUUAUGAAGUUGUGAGUAUCGUUUUAUGAAUUCAUCGGAUGGAAUGACUUUUGAAUUCAUAACAAACAUGGAUAUUCCUGCCGUCAUAUUUCUGAUGUUUUGCAAACGCUGGAUGAACACGUACUUCGUUUUGGUGUCUUUAUAUUUGGUUCUUGUGAAGCAUGACACAAGCAAUGUUGCUGUUACCUUUGAUGAUCAAUUUCAAACAAUAUUAUAUUAGUUUAAGGGAAAGAAUGAGAAAUACGACAUGGACGUUAUUUUGUGAAUGAGCUUGGUGCUGGUUCUGAGCGGAGACAUUAAAUUAAUAUGAUGAACCGAAGUGCACAACAUUUAGGCAAACACAUUCAAAAGUAUUUCAACAAGUUUAUCGAAAUAGCUUUUUUUAACUAGGUUUUUACUAGGACUAGGUUACUAAGAUUACGUUUCUUGUGUUCAGUUCUAGUCCUCCCAUACAUCCACAGUAGUAGAGGCCUCUUCCUCUGAAGCAUUACUCUGACCAUUGUUUUGUUGAUGACCAACGUCCUUUGUCAUCUAAAUCGUACAUAAUGUAUAAUAUAUAAAUGAAUAGAUAUAAUGAUGCUAUGAUGCAUUGUAAAUACAUAAUAUGUAGGCCUAUAAAUGCCAUGCUUGAGAAAGAACGAGCAUUUGUUUUUGUAACGAGUUUGAUACUUAUUUUUCUAUCAUAAUAUCACCCCCGCCCCAUGUCCUCCCGAAGAAAGCAUUCAUUUUAAAAUGCAAAAAGGAAAAAAAUCAUAGUGUUGACAUGUCACUUUCCGGAACUCCAUUCUGUGGCUCUUAGAAACUCUGCUGCGUUGGGAUGAUUAUGUCAAGGUAGCCUAAUGAAGGCAAACAUUUUGACUGACCUUUGGCAUGGGUUUUGGAAACGAAUUCAAAGUCAUCUCAUCAAAUCUUCACAUAUGAUAUACAGACUGUUUAUUCUUAUACAGCUACUCAUCAUUACAUUUUGCUACAACUUGUAUAGGAAUGCCAUUAUACCUUUUCAUGACUUUUGUUGAAACAGUUGAUCAUCUUGAACUUGACAGAUAUGCAAUAAUUUGUAUUGUAUCUGUUUUUAUACUUGCCUCGCUGUGUUGCAACAUAAUGAUAAAGCUCGAUCACUACUAUCAGUUCAGAAAUGUAUACUUUUCUCACGGUUCUCUACUAUGUGGACUGUUGCAGCCCGACUGUCUUCUUAUUCUGGAGCAUGGGUAUUCUUUCAAAAUGCUUUGCUGCCUUCAAAACGUUAUAUUUUGAUAAUGACGGUGCCUCCUCUGAAAUCAGCUGUAUAGAUAGCUGCACGUCUUAUAGGACAGUGAGUUGAUUGCCGCACAUCUUUGAAAGAAUUUCGUUACAUAUGCCAUGCCGUCUAAGAUUACACUCAACUACUGGAUGACGCCAAUAAGGAGUGAAUGGUUUGCUCUUAAACUCUGCGUUCACUGACGUCCUGUAAUAUUUUCCUGAACUUCGAAGUCAGUUUACGUAGAGGGUAAGGCAGCUCAGUCAUUGUUAUUUCAAUAAUACCCUGGCACAAUGUCAAUAGCAUUCAGUCGAAGUGAGUCGUGGCUAGGUAGAUUUUCUUCUACGGAGGGACAAAAGCUACUAUUUUGGCACAAUUUGAUUAGAUCCUUCAAAAUCAAACAUUGUUAUUUUUGAAGGACUAGAUCAAACUGUGCCAAAAUGGUUGAUUUUGUCUCUCUAUGAUGGAAAAUCCUGGCCUCUCCAACUGCAUCAAAUGAAUCAACGGAAUCAAAAUUGGCAACAGGCAGUGGGUAUACAGUCACUGGUGACAUGGAUGCAAUUUUGUAAGCAGAGAAUAUUCUUGUCGUGUACAGGGUAUACAUUAAUUUGUUUCCUUUUGAACAGCUGGGUACGAAAUACGACGGCAGUUGAACUUCUCGGUUGUCCAGUCUGUUGUGCCAUCUGUGUGAACUCUUCAGGCCAGUUUUGGGCUCACCGUGAAAGGGUUAAUGGGCACCGUUGUCUUCAUGAUAUACCCACGGUUGUUCCUUUUCGCGGUGAACGGGUUAAUUGGCACUGUUGUUCUUCAUGAUAUUACCCAGAGCUUCUCAUGAUAGCGGUGUAAGGGUUAAUUGGCACUGUUGUUCUUCAUGAUAUUACCCAGAGCUUCUCAUGAUAGCGGUGUAAGGGUUAAUGGGCACCGUUGUCUCCAUGAUAUACCCAGAGCUUCUCAUGAUAGCGGUGUAAGGGUUAAUGGGCACGUUGUCUCCAUGAUAUACCCAGAGCUUCUCAUGAUAGCGAUGUAAGGGUUAAUGGGCACCGUUGUCUCCAUGAUAUAACCACAGCUGUUUCGGCUAAUUGUUACUUGUUAUUCUGAGAAAUUCUAUUACAUUGUAGUCAACUGUGAACUGCUCACCCCUCGCGAUGCCAUAAUGUGCUGGCCACGUCUCGACAUUCAAGAGACAGUUUCAUUUUUUGUUUUUUUUUUAUAAAAAAAUUUGUUUUUUGUUUGUUUCUUUUCUUUAACAUUCUGACGGCAGUGACAGACACAAUGUCCUAUGAUGACGUCAUAAUUAAAAGGUAGCUGUAAAACAUCCAUAAGGACUAGGGGGCCGGACUUAUGAAAGUGGAAGUUGUGCUGAUUAGAACGCGUAAAUUUUCACGAAGUUUGUUUCUUUCAUUUUGCUUCGGUUAUAACUUUCAUUUCCGUUUCUUGUUCUUACUGCUUGUGUGUGAGUUUUAUGAAAUAAUCGUGUGAUCUUCGUGAAAUUAGUAGAUCUAUGUGGUUUGUGUGGAAAAAUCUGUGCGAUUUUUUUGUGUGGAACACUUUGACAUUUGUGAUUUUUGUGGAUUAGGUGUGUAGCUUUUGAAAAAAAAA